AUGCACUCCUUAUCGCAAUUUGUAGCCAGCCUCUUGGCUGGCGUAGCCGUCUUUUCCAGUCCCACCGACGCCUUUUGGCGUCUUCCUUGUCGUGGAAGAACCGGUGUUGCCAGAAUGGAUCCUCUAGUUGAUCCAGGGAUGAUUGCAUAUCAUGCCCACGCAGUGGAGGGAUCGGGCAACUUCGCCCUGUCGGUGACAGAAGACAGUUUGAGAGCGUCGAACUGCACCUCCUGCGCCGUGCUCCAGGACAGGUCUGCCUACUGGGCACCACCGCUAUAUUUCUUGCACACCAACGGCAGCGCGGAGUUGGUUGAACAAGUUGGUGGUAUGCUUGUAUACUAUCUCCUGUAUGGAGAAAACGUCACGGCAUUCCCGGAAGGCUUCCGGAUGCUGGCCGGUGAUACAUACCAGCGCAACUUCACCUGGCCCAUUCCCGACCCUCCCAAGUCGGACUGGACAGGUGCGCAACUGUCUCAGAAAGCACUGCAACAGAAGGCCUUGGGGUUCAAUUGCCUGAACUAUGCCGUUGCAGCGGAGCCCUCGCUUUACCGUCACUUCCUGCCCAACAAGACCUUCAUCGACGAGCAAUGCGUGGAUGGUGUUCGCUUCGAACUCAUGUUCCCAUCCUGCUGGAACGGCAAGGAUGUAGAUUCGCCAGACCACAAGUCCCACAUGGCUUAUCCCACGCUCGUUAUGGACGGCGAUUGCCCUGAAGGGUAUGAGUCGCGUCUCGUCUCCAUGUUUUUCGAAACCAUCUGGAACACCUAUGCCUUCAAGGAUGUUGAAGGCGAGUUCGUCAUCGCCAACGGAGAUCCCACUGGAUACGGAUAUCAUGGCGACUUCAUCACAGGGUGGGAACCGGACUUCCUCCAGGAGGCGGUUGAGACAUGCACCAACGCGACCGGCAUGGUCGUGGACUGCCCGAUCUUCGAUCUGCAGGAUGAAGACGCGCAAGAACAGUGCAAGUUCGAGGUGCCCGAAGCUCUCCAGGACGAAAACGUCUACAUGCACGCUAACGGGCUCCCGGGAAACAUCCUCAUCGAGCCCGGUCCCGCGUAUGCUAGCCCCGUCCGCUACGUUGGAGUUUCCACCGCCUCGGCCAGUGCAGCCGCCGCAGCCGCCGAUAGUACUAGUAGCGUUGCUGUCGAUAUUAUUAGCAGUACUUCUGCUGCUGCCGUUGAUCUCAUUAGCAGUACUGCUGUUGCUGCUGUUUCUGAAGUUCGGCAGCUGGAAUCCGCCACUCCAACCAUGACCUCCUACGAGACCACCGUCACACAAGAGAUCAUUUACAUCGAGCAGGAGAUUGUCGUCUAUAUCAACGAUGAGGGUGUACCGACCGAGACCGAGACGGCCGGUCUGCAGACUGUGUCGUCGACUUACACGACGACAACGCAGGUCGUUUACUCUACCGUUUCGGAGGCCAGUCAACCCGUGAAACGGAAUCUGGGCCACUCCCACGGUCACAAACAUGGACAUUUCUUCCAUUGA